CUCCGGCCCAGACCGGAAAUGAGGUCAGAGAGGGAAACCCCGGCGGGGAGACUCGGCCCAAAAAGCGGCGCCCGUUGGAGAUGUGGCCUCAUGGAUGAGCUGGUACAUGACUUAGCCUCAGCCUUGGAGCAGACAUCUGAGCAGAAUAAACUUGGUGAGCUGUGGGAGGAAAUGGCCCUGAGCCCUCGGCAGCAGAGGCGGCAGCUUCGGAAGCGCCGGGGCCGGAAACGCAGGUCUGACUUUACUCACCUGGCAGAACAUACUUGCUGCUACAGUGAGGCCUCUGAAUCAAGUCUGGAUGAGGCCAUUAAGGAUUGUCGAGAAGUGGCCCCAGUCACCAAUUUCAGUGACUCUGAUGACACAAUGGUAGCGAAACGGCACCCAGCUCUCAAUGCCCUAGUUAAGAGUAAGCAACACUCUUGGCAUGAAUCUGACUCCUUUACUGAAAAUGCACCUUGUCGACCACUCAGGCGCCGGCGGAAGGUGAAACGAGUGACAUCAGAGGUGGCUGCCAGCCUUCAGCAGAAGUUGAAGGUAUCAGAUUGGAGCUAUGAGAGAGGCUGUAGGUUCAAGUCUGCUAAGAAACAACGUCUGUCCCGCUGGAAGGAGAAUACUCCCUGGACUUCAUCAGGCCAUGGGUUGUGUGAAUCAGCAGAAAACAGGACUUUCCUAAGCAAAACAGGAAGGAAAGAAAGAAUGGAGUGUGAAGCAGAUGAACAAAAACAGGGCUCUGAUGAGAACAUGUCGGAAUGUGAAACCAGCAGUGUGUGUAGCAGCAGUGACACUGGACUCUUCACCAAUGAUGAAGGACGGCAAGGGGAUGAUGAACAGAGUGAUUGGUUCUAUGAAGGAGAAUGUGUUCCAGGAUUCACUGUCCCUAAUCUUCUGCCUAAGUGGACUUCUGAUCGUUGCGCUGAAGUAGAAAGAAUGGAUUCUGGACUGGAUAAACUUUCAGAUUCCACGUUCCUUUUACCUUCUCGACCAGCUCAAAGAGGAUACCAUGCUCGUUUGAAUCGUCUGCCAGGGGCUGCAGCACGAUGCCUCAGAAAGGGGCGAAGAAGGCUGGUUGGGAAGGAGUCCAGCAUAAGUACUCUGGGUACUGAGAGGAUAAGCCAUAUCAUCAGUGACCCCCGGCAGAAAGAAAAGAAUAAAACAUUGGCUUCUGAUUUUCCUCACAUUUCUGCCUGUGCACAAGAGUUUAAUCCCCUUUCUCCUCUUUACUCCCUGGAUGUUCUUGCUGAUGCUUCUCAUCGAAGAUGUUCACCAGCACACUGCUCUGCCAGGCAGCCAAAUGUACAUUGGGGACCACCAUGUUCACGUGACAUCAAGAGGAAACGGAAACCUGUGGCUGCAGCAUCUCUAUCCAGCCCCAGUGCAGUUCACUUGGAUUCGAUGGAGCCAGCCACACCACCAGCACAAGCCCAGAAGACUCCACACCCUGAGUGGUUGGUCAGGACCUCUGCCACAGAGAAAGCCACUGACUCAAUUACAGCUACAUUUUUUAAAAUGCCACAAGAAAAGAGUCCUGGAUGCAGCUAGAGAGCACUGUUCACUCACCUGGAGCUGACUUGGUGUUGAAAGAAGCAUUAGCCUUCCUAACAUGUAGUCCUUUCCAGUCUUUUUAUCACCAGGAUGGACGACUCCUCACACAGCUGCAAACUCUUAGAAAAUCAUGUUGUGGGAAUCUUUUUUUUUUAAGCUAGUGAAGUAUUGAGGCAACAAUGUAAAGAGAAAAAAAAGAAAAAAAAAAAAAAAGGUCAUCCUCAUCCUAUUAUGCCCCAUCUCUGGUACAUUAUUGCUGUCCUAUCAUUUACCUAUAGCUCCAUUUACAGAGCUGUUGCCUUUUUGCAGGUAUGUCUUUGUUCUUGAAAAACUGAUAACUGCUUUUGCAUACCUUUUGUGAAGAGCUUUUAAUAUCACUUGAUGAAGUCCCAAAUUUGCAGCCAGUUCCACAUUCCUAAAUGGAAUUGUGUUUGCAGGAGAUUAAGUUCACCUUGGAGCCAGGUCUUGAUUCAUUCAGAGUGCCAAUAAGCUGUAUCUGUCAUGUUCUAAAAAGAGACACCAGCAGUGUGGCGGUUGGGAACUUCAGUUUUUCUGCAGAUGAUCUAAUGGGAUCAGCAGCAGCUGCAUGGUACUUCACCUCAUCUUCAAAGUUUAUGUUUUAGUGAAAGAGGAUGUAUCCAUACUUAAAGAUGAGGAAGAUGGUUUAGGUGUACAGCAAACUUAAAAUAGUCAUGGAUUGUGUCUACUUCAUGUUACAGUGUAAGCCUUUAUGUUCUAAGUGGGACUUUAUUGCUAGUGUUAUAAGUCAGUAACCUAUAGCAGAAAUUUAUACUCUAUUAUAAUUAUGGCUUCUCGGGGCCAUACUUUGGUGAGAAAAAGUGUCUUUUUGACAUACCUUUAAAGUUGGCGUGUUUAUGACGGCUCAGCUGCAUGCAGAGGUAGAUAUACAGUCGUGCCUGAAGUUGGAAGCUACUUUGUCAAAAUGAGGAAUAAGUGAUUGCCUGGAGCUGCUGGAGAAAAGCCACACUUUCUCAAAAAGUAUUAUCAAGAGUGUCAUUCAGGGGCCUGGUUGACAGAAGGGCUCUUUUUUUUUGUACGAAUUGAGUGUUUUUACUCUGAAAUACAUGGAGACUGUUUGUUAAAUGCUCACCGCUAUGGUCACAUGGGAGAGGAGCAUCCAUCCACCCCAGCACCUGGAUAUUUUCUGUCUUAAAAAGAGGUGCUGAGUGGAGCAGCACCUCCUUCCCCCAAAGUGUGAUUCUCUCUUCCUCCCACACAGAAUAUAAUAGUGGGUUGUUUUAUUGUGUACCCUUUAAAAAUUGUUCUUAUCAGUAGAAACUCCAGAGUGUCUUGGUGAAUGAGGAGGGCAGGUGGACGGGUAUGAAUCUAGUUGAAAAGGGGGAACUUGAAGAUGAGUUUACAUAGCACUUUAUGUAAGACUGAGAACAUGACAAUUAACCAUAACAAGGAAAAUGAGGGAGGGGCUGGUGGAGAUCUUGGAAUGACUGAAGCCAGCCCAGCACCCUGGGAAUCAUCCCUGGCUCUCAGGCAGGAGUGAGUGUACCGACAGAAGUCUAAGGCUAUACUCAAGAAAUGUAGAGAACGUAAUGUCUAUUCUAUAUAAAAUGGCACUGCUGAAUUUUCUUAAUGAAGAAGGUAGGUUUUGUGGCCGUGUGCUAUCUCCCCAUAGUGGCCAGGGGCACAUUAAUCCAGCCUACAUAGUUUGAUUUAAGGGAGAAAUCUGUGGAUAUAACUUUUUUUGUUAGUGCCAAGCUCUGUGAUUCAUGCAGAGAUUGGUCAUGUCAUGACCUGGUAAGACCUCUACAGUUCAGGUGCAAAGGUGUUCCAGCAUCUUUUUUUAAUGACAUGUUGCCUACCUUUCUACCUAUGAUUUAAAAUAAUUUAUAUAUGCAGCCUUAUUUACAUUUUAAACAUCUCUGUGAAGUUAUGCCAUUUUACAGAGAUGAAAACAGUCAUGGAGUUGAGUGACUUGCCUAUCACAUGACUAAGCCAGGACUAAAAUUCCAUAGUUUCAGACUUUUCUCCCUUGGGUUAUAAUCUGUUUUUUCCUUUGUAGACCCAAAUAAUCAGUCUUAGACCCAUGUUUAUGAAACAGUUUGCCAUGAAUGUUUAUCAUCUGUCUUGGGCAUGCUUUGCUAUGUAGUUUGAAUACUUUCAGCAGCACUCACUCAAGAAUGCAACAUCUACCUGUAAUAAAUGAGAAGAUAAAAUUAGUUGACUGUGAGAAUAGAAAUUUAAGCACACAAAUACUUUCCAAUACAGAGUGGCAAAUUGUGCUCCUCAUUUUAAGGUGCUGAAUGUGCAUGCAAAAUUAUUAAUCAACUUAUUCUGCUUGUUUUUUUGUAUUAACCAAUACCAGAGGCUCACCAUGGAAUCAAGUGUAUUUUAUAUCUUAAAUUUUAAUAUAUUAUACAAUGUUAUAAAUUAAGACAAAUCUGUUGCCUUUUGAGAAAAGAUGUAGUUUCAAAAUCAGAUUUUGUAAUCAGUUUUGAAAAAAAAAUGAAAGCAGGACAUACUUUGAGAAUAAUCAUGAACUCACAUGUUUGAUCUGAUCAAAAGUAUAACUGAAGCUGAGUUUCAUGGUUUUUUAUUUCUGGGUCUGGCUACACAAAUUCUCUGAACUCUGUUCUUAUGUGUGUUCCACAAUGGGUAGAAGUCAAGACAUUAUCCACUUGCAUGAGGACCAUUCAUAAAAAAGUAAGUUUUACUUAUGAGUUUAGGGGAAUUUCACAUUGUUUCUCGGAUGCAAUAUUUUAAAGGAAAAACUUAAUUUGUAUCAAAACUCUGUUUCACUUGUUGGUAAGACUUGAUCAGAAGAGGAAAUUAGUAGCUGUUUACAUGGUUCCAAAUGUGGAGGAGGCAGAAUAUAAUUUUUACUGAGUGGUAGGUGGUUGGAAAAUAGGCCACAUUUAGCCUUGAGUUUUUUAGAAAUCAAUUUUAGUUACAGAUUUCGGAUAAUACUGUUUUUCUGGGCUGUGAAAUAGGCUCCAAGCAAGCUAGUUCUUGCAGCCAUAUGACCCAAAACUGAAGUAAAGCUUAAUCUGCUGUGCUUGUGGUUGGCAUACUUUGUUAAAUAAAGCUUAACACCUAGAACAGUAAUUAUUCUAGUUAAGAAUCUCAGAUAGUUUAAUCUGACAUAGCUCUGCAUUUCAGGAUUAGAGAUGCUAUGCACAUAGCUAUAUAUCAUUCUCCCUUGGCCUAGAAAGUUCUGAUGCUGCUGAGUUAUCCCUGAAGCCACUUGGAGUUGAGAAAGCCAGUGUUGCAACAAAGGAGCUAGACUGGUUCAGUCUUCGCUGAUGUGCUUGGUGCUUCACUUGGGCUCCAGGUGAAGGUUCCUGGUGAUGCAUGAUUCAUUUUAGGUCUUUGCUUUCUUUGGUUUUCAUUACUGUGGUUCCAAGCCACAGUUUCCUACCCCCGCUUCCUGAGAGUGAAGGCUGUGUGAAAGUCUCCACGUUAGAAGCUAUGUGCAGUGUCCUGUGUCUUGUGAAUCUUACCUGAGCUAAGGGCAGAAUGGCUUACACAGCUGUGGAUGCAAUCUGGUUGAGACAUAGUUUAGAUGGGUCAUGGGUUGUGGGAUGGUGGUGGGGAUAAUUUGCUCUUGUCGGCUGCUUUCUUUGCUGAUGCUUGAGCUGCCAAUUUUACUUGUCAGUAUUUCCUUAUCUCUUAUUCCUCUUAGCAGAAUUACUCUUGCAGGCAAUAGUCAGUGGAGUUCCUAAUCCAUCAGAAAACUACAAUAGAGGGGCUGAGGUUGGGACUCACUGGUAGAGCGCUCGCCUAGCAUGUGUGAGGCGCUGGGUUUGAUCCUCAGCACCGCAUAGAAAUGAAUAAAUAAAAUAAAGGUAUUGUGUCCAAGUAUAACUAAAAUAAUAUUUUUAAAAAAUAAAAAGAAAACUACAAUAGAAGGCAAAGGUGAGGAAAAUGGUAAGUUCUACCACCAGGUGCUAAACAAAGGACACAGAUGUGUUCUCCUGGAAACAUCACUAUGAUAGCAAAAUAAAGAUGAUGAGCAAUGUUGUUGGAGUGUGGAUUAUAAGAUUUUUAAUAAGCCAGGUAAAAGAGAUUAUGGUCAUAAAAAAAAAUUUUGUGUAAAUCACUUAGCACAAUGGUCAGAUUUGGUGACUAAGAAAUUUCCAAAGUAUAGUAUUGAAAGAUCCUGAUGUAAUAUUAAAACAUUCUUAUAUUCACUGACCAUCUCACCUUGUCGAGAUAAAGAUGUGGGAAGGCAAAAGGAGAAGGGGAGGUGCAUAGAGCAGAGGUUCUCAGAGUAUGGUCCCUAGAUUAUGUUUUCAUUGCCAGACCUACUGAAUCAAAAACAGGGUUAGCCCAGCAAGCCUUUAGCUUGCCUUCCUGUGCAUGCCAACAUCUGAGAACCACAGGUUUUGCCACAAUGAAAUGUUUUAAUGGUGCCUAAGCUCUGAGGCGCUCUUUUCUUCCCUGUAUAAGUAAAGGGAUGUUUUGUGUAUGCUGCUUUGCAGAAAUUAUUCAUGUCUUCAUUUCCCAUGUUUUUUCCUCCACGAGCACUUGAAAGAUUGAAAAUAUCGAGAAAGGAUGAUAUGGAGGAGAAUGGCAUCAAGGCCAUAUUCAGGUGGAUGGAAAUAACCUUUUUUAAGUGGGUAUAAAUAUAGCAGUAGAUUUUUAGCCUUUGAAUGAUAGUCAUUUUCACAAUUCACAGUAAAAACAUUAUUUGUAUAAGAUACUACCACUUAUUGGUUUAACAUAUUUGUUCAUUAAAUUUUAGUUUCAAGGGAAUAUCACGUAUCCAGCAUGAUAAUCAUGAAUCCUUUAAAGUGUGGCUUAUAAAAAUGAAAAAGUUGGCUGGGUGUGGUGGUGCAUGCCUGUAUCUCAGUGACUCAGAACGCUGAGACGGGAGGAUAGCAAGUUCAAAGCCAGCCUUAACAAAGGAUUGAGGAUGUGGCUUCCUGGUUAAGUGCCCCUGGGUUCAAUCCUUGGUACCAAAAAAAAAAAAAAAAAGGAAAAAACUCCUAGGGUACAUUGCAUACAUAUAAUCAAUGUCUGUUUAGUUUUUGGUAAUCAUCUGCUAAUGCUUUAUCUCAGUACCUCAGAGCAUACAAAAAUGAGUUUUCCACAAUUCCAUUAACAUUCUUUUGUCUUUGUUUUACAUUGCAGCUAGUUGAGUCUUCAGGGGUUGGAAACGUAACAGCAAUAUCAUGCUAUUUCUGUUGUCUGACUCUGGAUUCAACAUUUCAAAAUGAUACUGUAAUCUUAAAGCUUCGAAAAGACAUAAUGACCAUUUUUGUAUUUUAUUUUUAGUAAUUAGGCUGGAUCCUAGCUUGUUGCCAAAGCCUAGGAAACCAAGUCCCCUUUCAGAAGAUAUGUGUGGUUAAGGAGUCCUUGUAUUUGCAGAGAUGUACUAGGAGUUCUGUAAUAUGUUUCCUUAGGUGUUUAUGAUGCGUUAUUUAAAUGUCAUUUCAAUUGUUGCAGUCUACACCAAUUUUUCUUUUCCUCCUUAAAGAUCAGUUAAAACUACCUCUGGCCAAAAAUACUCAGUUUUACUAGAAAUUAUCAAGAAGCCCUUUAUGAUAUGAAUUAUGUAGAUAAAUGUUUUCAUUCUCUGAAAAUUGUGACCCUUGCAGCCUGUUCAGUCAAAUAUUUUUAAUUGGAAAAGUGAAAGCAAAUAUUAGAAAACUUUAAAAUGGCCGUGGUAGGUUUAACUUAAAAUCAACCUGCUUUACUGUGUAUAGAUUCUAUAUCUUGUUCCUCCUGGUAGUCCAUGGAAGAAAUUUUAUGACCAAGCAAACUGAUGCCACCCCAAAAUCAUGGUGAUUGAGAUUGGAUUGCUCCAUUUUUAAUCUCAGUCAACACCUCUCCUGUUGGUAGGAGUUUUUACACAGCCAUUCCAAAUCCUUGUUACCUCCACCUUCUCUGAGGCAGCACUAGGCAGCACUUCUUGCUCACUCGUCCUCCCAUGCACAUGUUUUCGCCUGUUCUUACAAGUGCCCAUCCUGCCCAGGAGAACCUUUCUCUACCCCUUGCACUCUCACUCUGGCUACAGCCUCUCCACUCACACACAGCUUUACAUUCUAAUGUGUUAAAAAAGACUCUCUUCAAACAAAAAUUCCUCAGCUCUGAACCCCUGCUACCAUUGAAGACCACGGAAGUAUACCACCCUUACCUGUGAGUCCACUCAUUCUGCAGUCCACUGAAGCAGUGGGUUUUUUUUUUUAACCCCAGGUGCACAUGGGGAUCACCUGGAGAGCAUUAAUAAAAGUUGAAUUCCCCAACUGGACCAAUUAUAUCAGAGAAAGAGGGAACAGACUAUGCUUUUAAAAACUGCAGCAAGGGGUGAGAACUACUAUAAAACCUGCCUGUUACCCUUGUCACCAUUGAAGUUGUUCUUGCUGGGUUCAGCAGUAACUUUUCACUUCGAAUAUUUAGCCCUUGGGUUGAUCUUUAUGAUGCUGGUGUUAGACUACUUUCUUUAUCGGGAGCAAGGUCAGAAAAGGAAGAAUUUUAGAAGGAAGUGGUUUGCACUUUCUCCAUUUGCACAAGCAAACAGAUUGGUUGGUAGGUGAGUCCAGCACAGACUGGAUGUCUUGUCUCUGACUCCACCUGUUAUUUUAAUUGAUGCCCAUAGGCUAAUGAAUUCCUUUGCCCUACCACCUUAGUGCAUCAACUUAAAGCAUGGGUUUAGAACGAGGCACUUAGAUUCAUUAAUAAUUAUUGUAAGCUUUGAGGAAAGCAUAUUCAGGGUCUCCUAUGCUUCUUUACAAGUGCCCAUCCUACCCAGGAGUUUCUCCAAAUCAUAAGGUAGGAUUUGCUAAUCAGAUUAGAAUCUAAGAGAUCACCCUGUAGACUAGAGGGUAGAGCUGCUAUUCAUGAAAAGUCAGGCUUGAACAGUACCCUCCCCCAUCACAUGCUCUUUUCACUCGUUACUUACUGAGGUUUUAGACACUGGCCCUCCCGCUUGGCCAUCUCUGCUUGCUGCCCUGGACAUGUAGGGGUUCCAUUCAGAAGGGACCUUAUAUGUACCUGGCUCCUUCAAAUUACUAAUUUCUAAUUCAAUAUCUAGGGUAGGUGGGUAUGCCUAGUAGUCAUGUCCUAGCCGUAGAAAGUGAGAAGCCUUCUGCAGUGUUUAACUUCCACUGGAGAUGGGAAACUAGCAAACACAGGAAGGUACCUCACAUGCGGGACAGCCAAAAUAAAACAGGUCCACUGGAGUCAUUGCCCUAGUCCCUCAUUCAGCUGAACACACACUAAUCCAAUCCUCCUCAGGAACCUCUUAGGGAAGGGAGUAGCUGCCCCAGAGGGGAAUAUUCUAGGGUCACUUAGAUAUAUGCCUUUGAAACCACUAGAACCUAUCUGCUGUCCUUUAUAAUGAUAAUGGAGAAUAUUUACCAAGUGAUUAUUAUAUGCCAUCUAUAAGCAUUUAUUUCUCAACAACUAAGGUUGGUAUUUAUCCAUUUUAAAGUAAGGAAAUGGUUACAGAUUAACUUGCUCAAAGUCGUAGUUAUGAAGUGUCUACCUGGAUUCAAGCUCAUCUGUUUGAUAUUAGAGUGACUGAUCCCAACCAGUACCUAUGCUGCCUCUUCACAAUACAGAUGAACUGUUGGAGGCCAUACGUGGAAGAAGUACACUGUGGGUCACUGGGCCAGGGCCAGGUGUCUGGUGAAACCCCUUAAACCUUUGGCUUAUUGCUCCUGGUAGGCUAUUUAUCUGCUAAUUGUGAGUGGAUUCAUUCUCUCUGUCUACAUCAUUGAAAGGAAAUAGACAAUUUCUGGGACAUUGUCUUAUUACAACCUUUUUUUUUUUUUUUUUUUUUUUAAAGGUGGCCAGAGCAAAGGAAAAGACAAUAAAAUCAAGUCUGUGACAAUAAAAAAGUACUGCCCUGUGCUGGGUGUAGUGGUGCACACUUGUAACCUUAGUAUCGUGUGAGGCUGAGGCAGGAGGAUUGUGAGUUCAAAGCCAACCUCAGCAACUUAGGGAGACACUGUCUGAAAAAAAGAAAAGAGAAGUAUUAUCCUUUUUGUACUAAGGUUCAACAGAUUUCUCAGCCAGAAUGACAUGUAUUUCAAGUUGUUAAUGGUAGUGAUGGACUGUUAAACAUCUUGCUAGACAUCUCUUUGCUAGCAAAACAGCUGUCUUAAAGUCUUGGCUUUUAGGGAUGCUGUUUAUUCAGUAGAUGUGUAAAGAAUACAUUUUAUGCCAAACCAUACAUAAUAGGAGCUGAGUACUCUGGAAUUCCUGCUUUUAUAAAGUUCAUAGUCUGAUGAGGAAGAGAGUAGAAAAACAAGUAUUAUGUUGGGGGUUUGUGCGGGAGGAGAAUAUCAGUAUUUUGGCAGUGCAGUUGAGGGCACUUUAAUUAAAACUAGGCAGAAGAAGGAGUCAAAAAAAUAUGACUGAGUCUCGAGCAACGAACAGGAGUUAAAUGGAAAAAAAAGUUGAAGUCUUCCGAGGGUGGAAGCAUGCUUUGGUGUGGCCAGUAUAGCGAUGGGCCCUUGUGCUUGAGGUAGAUGGUAGUGGCGGGCUGGCUUGUUGAUUUGGAGAGCUGUGGUAUUCAGCUAAGUUCAGCUGUGGUUAUGGAAACCCUGCUACUGCUUGGCCAUUGUGCAAAGCUGGAACUGAGAACUGAACAGGUUUACAUUCCCUUGAUCACCUUCCCUGGGAAAUAGAACCAGCCCACCUAUUGGUAGGAACUACUGAUAUGUUUAAGAUUGAAAUGAACUGGAAAUAAGAUUUAUCCCAUGACUUGUCUGAUUGCCUUACAUAUUCUAGCAUGAUACUAGUCUGAGAUUAUUCCCUUGGAACCACGUACUUAUUUUGGUAGAAUUUAAUGUACAUUGUGAUGGUCCUUGUUCCUAUACUGUUCUUCAGUAACAAAGUUGUUACUAACUAUCUGUAAAGCAUUUUUAGUUUGUUUCUCAGUAGUGACAAUAAAUUUGUGUUGAUCCAUUUACACCUUUUCAGUCAUUGAUAUUUUAAGCUUGCGUAAAGUACUCCAUCCAUAGAGUAAAACCAAUUUAACUGGCCCACACUAAUCUCUGAUCCCUUAAUUUCCACCUCAUUAGUACCAUGCUGUAAGCAAAGUUUUCUAAGUCCUCUAGAACUAAAAGUGAAAUAAGUGUGAGUUUUUAGUCAUUAUUUUUGCUGAACAGCUUCUGACCAGCAUUUAAAUUAGCAGCUUUUGUAUAUAGAAAUAGGAAAAUGGCUUUUAUGCCCCAUUAUUAAGAUAUUAGGGAGAAUAAAUUAUCAUUGCUUAUUGUAGGGAAUUAAGAAAUAGAGAAUUUUAGGGGAUUCUGUGAAAAAGCAUUUAAAAUAGUUUGCUAGAAGGAAAAUUCAGACUGUUAAUUAUGAGAAAAAAAAACACAUGUAUACACAACCAAGCCACAUAAGUUAUUUUUUAAAAC